GACAUCCUUCUCAACUUCCUGCCUUAAUAAGCGCCAUUUUCGGCGUUGUCACGGGACCACAGCAUGCCGUUGACAAACAGAUAAUUGGACCAGUAUUUAACGUUUAAGACCUCUUUUCCAGUAUUGUUAAAAAAUGGGAAGGAAAAAGAAGAAGCAGAUGAAGCCAUGGUGCUGGUAUCCUUUUGUGUGUGUCGCGCUGUGUUUACCUGGGAAUGCUACAUGCUAAGUGUUAGCUCAACACAAGGAAGGCCUGUGUCUAUCCUCUUCGUGGAUUCUUAGUUUUUAGGCGUUGGUAGACGCUCAUAUCUGUCAUUGGAGGAUAGUAAAAAGCCUUACCGCUUAAUUUAAAGUAGUCUUGACGUAAAUAAUACAACAUAUUUUGCGUUCAGAGAAGAUGGAGUUGGGACUGACCGUAUUGUUACCUCCCUUCCUACGUUAGCUCCUUCUGUUAGCUACAUUCAUACGCUGACUGUUCAAGCUGAUUGCGAGCUUUAAUGCACCUUAUUUGCUUUUAUAUCGUUUUAUAAUGUUACAAUGUGUUUGUCAGGAGUUAAUCUUGUAGCUGGUUGAUUAUCACGGUGAGGUAAUUGUCUUCGGUGAGCUUUGUAUAGCAUGGUGCUGAAAACACAAUAUGUACUGUUCCAUGUGUGUUGAAGUUUUCCGAACAAUCCUUGACUCCUCACUCCAGGUACUGCAAUCGAGAUUUUGAUGAUGAAAAGAUCCUCAUUCAACACCAGAAGGCAAAGCAUUUUAAAUGCCAUAUUUGUCAUAAGAAGUUGUACACGGGCCCUGGUUUGGCGAUCCAUUGCAUGCAGGUGGGUGCCUAUUAAAUACACAAUUAACAAACGCCACAACAUUAUUAAUUCUACGUUGCUUCUGGUUUUAUAGUUUCUGUUGACAUGAUCACACGUGCUUUAUAUUUAGUAUUGAAGUCAGCAGUGGGUGGUGGUGGCAUACUAGAGUGUGUCAUAUUGAGUGGUGAUCCCUUAUAUUUAGUCCCCUCAUGUCCAAUAAUUAUGAGCAAAAUAAAAAGAACGAGUAUUCCACCAACACCCAGUACAACUUCAGCAAUUAAUGUAAGAGCAGUUAUCAACUGACUCCUUAUGCAGCUACUUAAAAAUUGAAAGUUAAGUUUGUGAUAGGAUUGUUGUAUUGAAUUGGCCAGGGUUUCCUAAUAAUGUGAUUGAUUGGUAUACUUUAAUCCAGGUUAGUUCAUGAGUUGUUGUAUCCAUGUUUCUCAUUGAUUGACAAAGGGCAGUUGUGUCUUAACAUGUUCUCAAUAGAAGACUUUGUUAUGGCAUGGCUCUUGAUGUGUUUUUUCAGGUUCACAAAGAGACGAUCGACAGUGUGCCAAAUGCGAUUCCUGGAAGAACAGACAUUGAGCUGGAGAUCUAUGGUAUGGAAGGCAUUCCAGAGAAAGACAUGCAAGAAAGAAGACGAACGUUAGAACAAAAAUCUCAAGGUUUGUACGCAAAUACAUUCUCCUUGUCUUAUGAAUGUAUCUUUGCUGAUGGAUAUGUUUUGACAUGGUGUGGUGUAUUGCUUUAAGGGAGAUUCAUGGUAUUCGGCACAAUCAUCUCAGAGUUAACAUGAGAAGUAGAACAUUUGCCACUUCAAGUACAGAGGAAAGUGAAGAGUUUUGGUUGACCGUAAUAUAUAACCACUGGUUUCUUUAUCUUCUAAAAGACUAUAGAGGAAGUUGUGUACAGUGUUUCUGAGUAAGGGAAGUAGUUCUGAAAAUAUGGAAAGUCUGUGACUGAUAAAUGGAUGAAUUUUGAAGUUGCCUCAUGUAAAUGGUUUAAUCAUUUUCAUCUUAAGGAUUGUUUGGGCUGGGUUCAAAUGCAUACUUAAUGAUACACUGAAGCCCCCAUAACACAAAACUAAUCUUUAGGAUAUAGGGGUAUUAAAGGCAGAGCCUGCACUAGCAAUGGUUAUUCACCUGUUCAGUUUCCAUUUUCUAUCCCACCACCAGUCCUCCAAACAUGAGCUUUCAUCCUGCAAGUUAAUGUCGUUCUUCGUGAAUUAAGCCUCAGAUAGCUUUCUCCAAACUGCUGAGCUACUAUAACUAGCUCUAACUGAUGCGUUUAGGUCUCUCUGACAAAAUGCACAGACCUGCUGGUGCUGAUGACCAUAGCAUGCAUACAUGGCUGUUGCACACACAGAGGAGCAGAGACCUGAGCUGACUAGACCUGCUUCAAGGAUCAGCACUUUAAUACCGAUGCCGAUCUAGCUUUUUGUGUCAGUAUCUGGCUGAUACUUGGUACCAGGAUCAGGAUCGUUGCAUCUCUACUUGAAGUCUUUACUCUACAGCAAACCUUAGGGGUUGGAUUUUGGUGGUUGUAAUUUCUGUUGAAGCCUUCAAAGUAAACUGUACCGUUUCUUUUGCUUUCAGAGAGUCAAAAGAAAAAGUCCAACAACCAGGAUGACUCUGACGAAGAUGACGAUGACGAUGAUGAGGCAGGACCAUCAGGACAGCAGGUUCCUGCUAUCCAGCCCCAGGCGGGCUACACUGCUCCAAUGGCUCAGCUUGGGAUGCCGCCUGUGGCUGGUGCACCUGGGAUGCACCCUGGAGGAUACCAAGGCAAGCAUUUCAUAGUUUAUAAGCAGAAUAUUAUUUCACAUAUAUUAUUAUCAUUAUGUAUAUUAUGUGAAAUUUAUUGUGAUGAUUUCAGAUGAAUAUGUAACUCACUAUUCUGUGCACUAAUGAAAUAACUUAAACCAACCCUUUGUAUAUCAGUCUAGGUUUGAUGGUCAAAGUUGUAUAAGUCGUAAAUAAACAUUAAAAUACAAAUGCUCUGAAACUCAGAGAUUCUGAGUCUUACCUGGUAGGGAAAUGAUCACAUUGAAUAUAAUGUAAACAGAGAUGCCCUCUGACUCACUGUUACAGGUAUGCCUCCUGUUAUGCCCGGUGUUCCUCCCAUGAUGCAUGGUAUGCCUCCUGCAAUGCAUGGAAUGCCACCAGGGUAAGAGUUCCCUCGUACAGGUUUUCAUGUCAUGAUGAAAAGGCAGUUUGAUUCUGUUUUAAUCCAGCCUGAAUAGUACUCCGAGCAGAGGUACAGUGUGUAGAAAUGGGAAUGUUUUUUUCUAGAAACUAACAGUAUGUCAAUACAGACCUUUUGUGCACAACUUUUUUCCCCCCUUGUUUUUGACUUUAUGCAGUGUAUUUGAAUACAGUAAAAUCACAAAUGUGUAUGCUAAGUGUACAACUGAUCGCCACUAAAUUCUUCACAUUGUAACAUAAAAUCAUGUCAGUUUUGGUGUUAAUUUUGGAUGGAAUUGUUAUUCUUUUGCAGCUGUAUUAGCCUUAAUGUCUUACUCCUUUUGCAGCAUGAUGCCAAUGGGUGGAAUGAUGCCCCCCAUGAUGCCAGGGAUGCCUGGAAUCCCCCCAGGUGAGUUGUGCUGUUUGUAGCUUCCUAUUAACAACACAUUGGUUUUUGAUGAAAUGUACAAAUAUAAAGGACUUUGAUCUACGAUUUAAAUAAAUGAUAUCAGAUAAGGAGCGUAGAGUGUUUUAAUUUUGCUCUUCAUGUCCUCAUUAUGAUAUUUUCGGGUGGUUGUUUAGGAAUGCCACCACACAUGGCACCAAGGCCGGGGAUGCCCCACAUGGCUCCAACCCCUGCAGCAGGAGAGAUACCCAGUCGACCGGUAGCCCCAGCAGCCCAGCCUGCUGUCACCAAACCUCUCUUUCCCAGUGCAGCACAGGUGAGCACAGUGUUAUCAUUCUCUUAAAGAUACACCCUUCAACUCAAACUGUGUUUUUUUUUUUUUGUACCAUUCAAAUUUCUAAUGGCGUCUUUAAACACAGCAUCAAGGGAUAAUAUACACAUUAUAUUCCCCAGCAUUCCUCUCUUUCCGUAUUUGUUUCCCUCACCCCUACUUGGUGUUUCUAAAACAGAGCUACGAUAAUGUAGUAUAUUGUGUUCGAUUAUGUGGACAUGUUCAAUGCCAACGCUAUGAUCUCCUUUCCACCAUGCUGCAGAUGGGCUCUGGUAUUCAUAGCAGCACAGCAGCUGUUUCCUCUCCACCUGCAGACCUACAGUCUGUCUCCUCCCAGCCUCCCUUUCCUAACACGCCACAAGUACGCUCACAGACAGGACUUUGACUCGGGCUUGGGCAGCUGCAUGUUGCUUACCUUUAACCUCUGCCUCUAAAUUCCUAUGCGGGCUUAUUACUAACUCUUUAUUGCCUUGUUAGCCUUGCUGUGCAUCAAACCGAGCACAGCGAACUUAAAUGUCAGAGUCAGAGGAUGUUAUUCCUGAUGAUUACUGACAUGUUGUUUGUGUGAGCUCUCAGGCUGUGCAUGUGCUUCAAUCAACACAAAAUGAGACAUACAAAUGGGCUAACGUGAUUAUGAUUUUGCAUUAUUCAAACCUCUGAAGCAUGAAGUCUGCGACGUCUGCUCAUCAAGCUUUGAAAUGACUUUGAUCAUUGCAUCAUUACAUAAUACAUAUUGCACCUCUGAGGAUUUUUUUUUCAUGGUGAAUUGAUCUUUUAUUCUGAGUAUAAAGAAUUGAAGUCAUUUCAAGCCCAAAAGCACUCCAGUUGUAAGUGUAUAAAUGUUUUGUUUGUUCGAUGUAAAAGACGUGCCUUUUUGUAUACAAUAGAAAUGUCUAUAAAUAUGAAAUAUAAUCCUCAAUAUUUUCCUCUACAUUAAUCAUUAUAAUCUUACAGAAAAAAUUCAACAUUGACAUGAAAAGCAAUACUUGAUGUUGAGAAGACCUAUUCUUAAAAAUAACUGCACAUCUAAAUGCGAUGUCUAGAAUAUCAAGGACUUUGCACUUGCCAACAGUGCCAAAACCAUAGACUGUAUAUACUUUGGACAACUUCGCUCCGCCUCCCGCCCGUAUACAGAUUUGAAGCCAAAAAGUUCUUACUAUCUCUGGGAUGUUUCUUCAUUUCCUGAAACCAGCGCUGUGCAGUAGCAUUGUGCGCUUUCGGCGGGAGAGUCGCUGUGAUGACGCUCGGCUCAAACAGCGUAUCCCCCGGGUGAGCUACGCAAUCCCUGAACGCCAAUAGGCUGUAUCAAGUGUCAAUCAUUGAAAACAUGAACCCCCUAAUAACUUUUAAAAACGGAGCUUCACAGAAAACAGAGGACUUGAGCACAAACCAGUCUUACUGUAACUACAUGUCAACAUCGCAAGCAGGAGGGAGAAAAGUUGCUUUACCCAGCGAGGAGGCAGACGCUGUCCAUUCUUUAUACAGUCUAUGGCCAAAACUUUAACCAAAUGACAUGAAAUGGGCGGUCAGAAGAGCUCAAGUUUGCUAUGAAAACAACCCCUCAACAGAACCACAUGCUGUUUGCCUCCUUGCCAUGCCACCCCAUAUGGAUGCAGUAAUUAGUGGUAAAGGUGCUCCCACCUUUUAUUGAGUGCUUCAUUCUUUCAGAAUUUGGACAUUUCUGUAUUUUACAUCUUUCUAUAAUAAUCAGAUUUUCUUUGAGUACCAGGGAAAGUCAAGGAAGCAGCUGUUUUGACUCUAUCCAUAAGUUACCUGUAUCAUGUUUUUUUUUUUUUUUUGCACAGGCCCAGCAGAGCACUUCAGGAGCUGCAGCUUCAAACUCCCACAGUACAUCUGUGUCCAUCGAGCCUCCCAAAGCAACAUUCCCCGCCUACACCCAACCCUCUGUCUCUUCUUCCUCUUCCACUUUUUCCUCUUCUAACCCCUCCAGCAGCACUGUGGCCAAACCCCCCGCCACAGUGGCCACAAAGCCCGCUACCCUCACCACCACGAGUGCAACUAGUAAGUUGAUCCACCCUGAUGAGGAUAUCUCGCUGGUAAGUUGCUUGAGCUUUCCGUGUUGCCCUUCUCACAGUAAGUAAUGGCUGAUAUAUACAUUAGCGCAUGAUAAGAUAAAUGGAUAUUAGCAAUAUUUGAUUUUACUCUGGAUCUGAGAAUCAGUGUUAAGCACAUUAUGAGAUAAAGAGAAUAUCUACAUAGUGUAAGAGAAGCAUUAAGGGAUCAUAUCCUUCCUCUUUCUUAGUUUUUUUUUGUGGUUAUGAUGAAGUGUGAUUCUGGAUUUGAAUUCUCUCAGUGUGAAGUCAGGGUACGCCAACAUUCGUUCCUAAUUCCUCAUCAUGUUUUGUGAGUGUCUGGGGGGCACAACAGUGUUUCUUUAGCCUGAACGUUUGCCUUUUGUGUUGUCCCUGCCAACAGGAGGAGAUGAAGGCCCAGUUGCCUCGUUACCAGCGUCUCUUACCUCGGCCGGGUCAGGCCCAUGUGGCUGCUCCCCCUGUGGCAGCUGUAGGCAGCAUAAUGCCGCCACAGCAAGGCAUGCCACCACAGCAGCCUGGCAUGAGGCAUCCCAUGCAUGGUGAGUGAACGCUUGUUAGUCCAUGUUAAAUUUGCUUUUUUUUCUAAACAAAGUAGAAAGUUGUUUUUAAAAAUCAUCUAUAUCGUGUUGCAGAUAGCCUAACUGUUAAAGGGAUAUUCUGGCGUUAAAUUAAUUUAGAGUCAAACACAUCGAGUAACGAGAGCAGGAUAACAAUACACAGUGGUCUGAGGAGCCAUACACAAACCUCAAUGAAAACGCCACUCUAUAGCCACAAAUAAUGCUCAGAACAGCACCUAACUUCAUCAACAGUACAUAUAGGGUCCCAGCCAUAGUACUAACCACCAAACAUCUUUUUAGCUUUGCCUGAUUUCUUUCGCAAAGAGACUUAACACAACUCACCUACUCUCUUCCAGCAGCCGCUUGUUUGUAGCGAGACCUCAGGCCAGUCUAUUACCGACUACAGCGGGGUGAUGCAGCUCAAGGAAGAACAUUUAUGAUCAUUUUUUCAUGUUAAUGCAAUCAGACUGAGACGCCAAGGCAGAAGAACUACGGCGUCCGCAGUGCAAAAUGAUUAAUAUGGUGAUUAUUGCUAUAAGGAAAUGAGAGAAAUGAUCAUAAAUGUUCUUCCUUGAGCUGCGGUUGAGGUUUGUUUAUGGCUCCUCAGACCGCUGUGUAUUGUUAUCGUGCAGUUGUUACUAAAGUUGGUAUAAGUAGAGAAGUAAGCGGUCGGCAACAUUCAUCUCUCGACGGGGUGUCUAACUCGGUGUUAUGGUGUGUUUGACCCUGAAUUAAUUUAACGCCAGAAUAUCCCUUUUAAGACGCUCCGUAUGUGCAGGCAGCCCAGGUUUGUAUUUGUCAACAAGCUUUGACAAAAAUGUUCCUCUCUUUGCUCUCUGCAGGUCAGUACGGUGCCCCUCCGCAGGGCAUACCAAGCUACAUGCCUGGAGGGAUGCCUCCAUACGGGCAGGGUCCUCCUAUGGUGCCCCCAUACCAGGGAGGCCCUCCCAUGGGCAUGAGACCACCCGUCAUGUCUCCGGCUGGACGCUACUGAAGCAGCAAAGCAGCCACCACAUUAGGUUUGAGGUUAAAACCUUUCUCUCAUCCUUGUGCUUUUUCAAACCUAGCUGCAAGCAAAGAGCUUUGAAACCAGUGGUGGUGAAGACAAACAUUAUUUGUUAGAACUUGUGGACAUUUAAUGUAACAACUUUAUUGGAAAACACCACACAAGUCCCUGAAAGCUAUUCUGUCAUGAUUUGAUUGCAUUUGAGGAUAUAUUCUUUUCCCCAUAGGUUUCACUCAGGUUAUAGAAGUGAAGUGUGUUAAAAUCAUUCAUAUUUCUUUUGAAGCUGCUGGAGUAACAUGAACGUACCAACCCCUUACAAAGGCAAGUUUCUCUUGUGAACAUUUGAUUAAUUUUAUUUUGUUUAUGUUCGUAGUUUGAGGCCCUCACAGCACGCUUAGGUGCUGUUGGACUUGCGUCCCCAACCUUGGUUGGUGAGGGUCUCAGUGAUGAAUAUGAUUCCAUUGAAGUAGUGUUAAAACUUUUGCUUCAACAGUCUCUAGCUUUAUUCUUAUUUCAGGUUUGUUUUUAAUAUUUCUUGCUCAAGAAGGGUACCUGUAUGCAUCCUUUGUAAUGUUUUAUGAAUCUGUUGUAAUAAAAUUCAUCUUGAAAUCCAUUGCUGGUUUGUCCUGACGUACGUGGAGGUGAGUGAUGAAGGUUUGUACUGAUGUCAUAUUUCCAGAAAUAUUUUGGCUUUGUUUAACUACAAGAUUAUCUCAUCAGGUAUCAAUAAAACAAGUUUGCCAUCAUCUAAUAUUGCAGUCCACUGAAAAAUUGAUAACCAAAAAAAAAAAAAAGUUUUACACCACUUCAAAAUUAUUAUGUUGCGCGCUCAGUUAAAGUUUACUGUCAGCCCUGAUCAAAGAUGGUGGCUAACUUGUAGUCCCAGGCAUUGCAUGUUACCUCAUAAUAAUGAAAGAAUCAUCUGCAGAUGGAAUAAUACUUAACACGUGUUAAAACAGAAUCUAAAUUUUAUCUAUUUUUUUCUGAACACACUUAUCAGCAGUGAAACAUGCAUGAAUGUGAUAAUGUUAUCCUGUUCACUGCAGGGGGACAAGCACAAAGAAAAGACCUCCAGCAUUACAUUUGCUCUGAGUCCAUUCCCAGUCAAGUACAGCUUUUGUUUAGGGUCUAGAUUGAAGAGUUUCCCUUUUUAAAGUGUGAUACUGAUCAUCUUUUUGAGAACCGAUCAUUUAAACAAUAUGGUAGUGAUUAGAUUUGCAGGUGAUUGUCACACGCUUACUAAAUUAUUUAUUUUUAUUGACACUUACCUAAAUUUCGGGUCAUUUUAAAUGUACCUAAUGCUAGAGUGAAAUGCUGCUUUUUUCCUGACAUUCAGUAAGUAUGACAGAAAUCUACAUUGUUCAAGAUUUAAAUAUACUGCUUGUCUCAUUUGGUGUUAACUGGCUAUGAGCUCUCCAUCUUUUCUCUUAAAUUCAGUCAUCAGUCAUCGUUAUCAGAUCCUGAGGUGGAGAUUGCCAAACAGUGAUCUCUGAGAAGACAAACCCGAUUUAUCAUGCAAAAAAAUAAGACAACCAGAACAUUUAACUUGAGUCUUUUGUGCCUACAUGAAAUUUCUUUGAAGUUUGGCACAAGUUUUCCUAUGAUACAUAUCACUUACUGCUUUGUAUUUGUUUUUGUUGUCUGUAGCCUCAUCCAUAUCAGCCUUAAAACCCACUCAGCUGGCAUGACAGGUCAGUUAAACCCUGUAAGUACCUGAUGUUUAUUUUAGUGUGGGUCUGUCCUGUACUACUGGAUAUUAGGCCUUGUAUUACAUGAAUUGUUGUGCUAUUGUGUUUUGAAUUCAAGCAAGAUUAUUGUUGACUCUGGGGAAAAAGAUGUUGAUCAUUUCUGUUUAAGUAUUAAGGUUCAAAUAUUACAAUUUAUUGGAAUCAGUUGGGUUGAUUCAGUUGGGUCAGUCUACAAACAAGUCCAGAAGACUUGACACACAGUGUAAAAUGUUACUAACAACUGAUUUGGAUGGACUUGAAAUCAUUUUAACUUAUUAGUGUGGAAACAGUGUGAAGGCAUCUUUUGAAUAUUGAAACUAAAAAAAAUUGUUUUAUGACAGAUACAGUAAAUGCUUAUUUUUUGAUGUGAUGCCAGCAGCAUGUUUCAAAAAAACAUCAAAAAAAUAACAUGAUAGGAGCAUAUUUACCAUCAUGUUUCAUCACCUCAUCGUGUUUUAACACUAAACUUCUGGGAGCCAAGGAGGACAGUUUCUAAAGAGACAUGUCUCAUUCUUCCCUGUCAGUCUAUUUUGGAUUUGUUCUGUUAUAUUUUUCUUGUCAUGAUGUGCUGAAGGAUUUCAGUGGGUGACAGGUCAAUGUUGAGGGUGGGCCGGUUUAUCACCCAGACUCUUGUCAUGUCUGCAGAACCUGGUUUCAUCGGCUUGGGGAAAAAAUAACACCUUUCUACAUGUGCAGGCUUUUCAUGCCAUCACAGAUGCCCUCAUUUGUGCAGGGCACUGAUCACAAGCGUUGUGUGUUGUCACAGUGUCCAUGAUUUCCAGAGUGCUAAAUUUUGAAUAUUCAGAUCUCAGGAUUAGAAAUUUGCUUCAUUUUGUCUUAAAAAGGCUCGGGUCUCAAAGAAGUCACUGGCAUUUCUAGAUCACAUAUAUUUAAAGUGUUUUUCUAUUCGCGUGGCACAGUUGCAUUGGUGGAUGCAGUGAUGAACAGUGUUAACAAUCAAUGAUUUUGAACCUUUGCUGUGAUUUCCACCUCAGAACUGUGUCUGCAGUUCUGCUUGAGGGUCAGACCAUCACGACCAUGUGGUAAUGGUUUUGGUCUUGUCCUUUUCGCACAGUUGAAUUAUAUUAUGUACUGUAGAUUAAGAAAUCAAAGGACUCAGAGGAUCAAUAUUUUGAAAUGCAGAAUUGUUUACUUAAUCCCUCACAAAAUAACAGUUUUUUCCAUCAUCACGUCUGAUUGACUCAGGUUCCACUGUGAUACCCAUUUAUACUUCUAAUCCAUGGCAAAUAAAUCCCAUACUUGUUUUUAUGUUUUCUGUCCCAACUUUUUGAAACCAUGUUGCAGGCAUCAAAUUUAAAAUAGGCAUAUGUAUUCUUUAUUUAAAACAAUUGGUGCCUUUUACACUAUUUAUAAUUCAAGAAUUUCAAUGAUUGGGAAACCAUCAGAUUUUGAUCUCAUUUUUAGCAGCACACUAACUCUCUAGAAGUUGCGAAAUAACUGUGUAUAUUUUCUUGUGGCAUCUAGAGCAGUACUUCUACACUUUUGGGGCUGAAGGGGGAGCAUAAAAGCAACAUGUAGAGCUCCUUGAACAUUAUCCAUUCAGUCUAAAAUACUUUUUUCAGUUGAAUCAAGGUGGGUGCUAUUAUAAUGCUAUUAUAGCCAAUAGCAUUAAUUUCAACACUCCUCUGUGACAGUCUUCAUCAGGUGAUAUUUUAUGUCUUUACCUCAUCCUACAUUUCAUCAAUUUUGAAAACAAGUACUGUACACACUUGCCAGUCUUGUAUGUUUCAAAGUUUUUAUUGAAAUGGGAUGCAUUACAUUGUCCGAUUUUUUUUUGUAUGUUCAUAAUAAAAUGCAUUUACUCUGCUGAGACCAUGUGUUUUUCUUUUGUUCAGUGUAAUGACCCAUGAAAUAAAGUCUAUUAUUGUGUGGUUAUAUGUAUGUUCAGCAUUCAAGAACUAGUACACCACCUAGUGUCUCAUAAGAGUAUUACAACGCCCUUUUCCAGUUCCCGUUAGAAUCACUGUUCCCUGUGAAAUAGUUGAAUAAAACCCUUGAGCUAGUGUAACUGGUCAACUGUGUUUAUAUGAGAGUGUAACACCAGCGUAGAGAAAGAAAUGAACCCAAAAUAUUUUCUAUUCUGUUAUUCUUGCGCUUCAUUAUAGAAGUCACCACAGCAGCCAAUGAUAAGAAAAUAUAGAGGCACCCAUUUGAGGUGUUGACACUUAAAUGAUCGAGCGAGGAUAUGUUAUUAAAUGUAGGAAUGACAUGCAAUAACUGCAUUAAAAUGUUAAUUUCAUAAUUUAACCCUCUCUACACAAAGUUGAAGUCCUGUGUGAAAUGUGGAAUAGAAUGUGAUGAUUUGCAAAUCCUUUUGAUAAAUGUGAAGAUUACUAAUGCCAUGUGUCCAACUUAAUGCUUUUACCAAGUUAGUUAGUCUCUCUCUUUGGUCCACACACUGUUCACGAGUACAACACAGAAUUUCACAUUUUGAAUCCUGACCUUAGGACAGUUUCUCACUUAACCAUCCCCAAAUGAGCUCCAGCCCAGAGAGGGAGGAGGCAUUUCUGAAUUUUUUUUUAUCACAAUUUGUUUAUUGACUUUUUUCAUCUUUAUGAACAUGCAUUCACAGAAAUAUCAAUACAGCACACAAAGAACAGGAACCCUUUCACCCCCUCCCCUCCCUCAAUAAGAUCUACGGUAGAUGAAAUGUUCACACAAGUAUGAAUAUGUAGAAUUCGGUCCUUGUCUUCAUUUCCACACUACACAAUACCAACGCUUCAGACAUGGAACUGGUUGCAAGCCGUUGCAAGAUUAUAAAGUCAAUGAUAACCGUCCUUGUCCAGGACCAGGCACUUGCCCAUUGAGGUUAUUCAUAAAGGAUAAGAAAGAAGACCACAUCCUGUUGAAGUCCUCAAUUUUUCCUUUUGCCAUGUAAGCCAGUUUUUCCACUGCUAGGUUAGAUGCCAUUUCUGUAAUCCAUUGGGUCCCUGGGUCUCCUUCCAUGCUAAAGCAACCACACAUUUGGCUUGUAAUUAAUUAGUUUGCCUUCCUUCUCAGUCACUGGAAAAUCGUCAGGGUAUAUGUGUAACAAACAUAAUUUAGCCUCAGUCAGUAUAUAUUUUUUAAGAGGAAGAAUUUUCAUUGUUGUUCAUCAAUAGUCUCUUUUUCUGACCUUGACCAGUCUUCUACAGAAGAAGCGCCCGAGCAGGCUCAUAUGGGCUCACUUGGUCGAUCACUGCCACAAACUCUUGUGGGUUAACAACGGCACCUCACCUGAAGUCACGCUUUAGCCUGAACAGGCAACCAAUGACGAGAGACCAGUAGAGUAAUGGGCUCAUAUUGAAGGUCUGGUCCUCCAACUCAGUCAACUUAUGUUGGAAUACCAAUACUGGCCCCUGGUGAACUGCUUCUAUAAGAAGUUCUCUACAUAUGCAAUGUUUUCACUCAGGAUGGCAUGGUUAUAUAUAAAUGUAUAUGGGUGAUUUAUAUUCAGUGUUUAUCUAUUGCUGGGUCUCCAACUCCCCCCCACCUGCUUUAACACGAUAUGCCUCCUCU